AUGUCAAGUCUCCAGCAAACCACUCUCUCCCAUUCGACCCCUUCUACAAUCUACUUUGGCUACGGGUCGAACCUCUGGCUGCACCAAAUGCACAUUCGCUGCCCUGAAUCCACCUACCUAGGCAUAGCACGUCUGUCCAACUACCACUGGAUCAUCAACGAGCGCGGCUAUGCAAACGUGGUCGAAUCCUCAGAUUCAAGCCCCGAGUCUGCGUCCAAAGCAUCGAGCUACGCCAAUGUCGUCUUUGGACUAGUAUACAGCCUCUCGCCUUGCGACGAAGCACGUCUGGACAGAAACGAAGGCGUCCCCGUUGCCUAUACGAAAGAGAAGCUCGAGUGCGAUUUCUGGAAAGGCACGACGGAGACGAAGGUCGACACCAAGGGGCCUGCGGACGAGAAGGUCAAGAUGCUCGUAUACAUUGAUCGGCAGCGCACGGCGCCAGAUGAGCCGCGGGAAGAGUACAUUUAUCGCAUGAACCAGGGCAUUACUGAUGCAGUGAAGAUGGGUGUGCCCAAAGAAUACGUCAAUGAGGUCAUGAGAAAGUACAUCCCGGCCGAGCAUCAUACGGCAAGCAAGAGUAUAGAGGACUUUGCAAAGGGGCAGGCUGUGCAAUUCAAGGACGAGAGUGGGGUAUUCAAGUGA